UAUCCACAAGCAUUGGCAUUUUUCUUCUAUCUUCAGCAUUCUUAGCCUAUCCAAAUCUCCCUAUCAAAUGUCCCCAUUACCAUUGCUACAAUGACUAGAAAACCAAAUUUUAAAACAGAAACAACAAGAAGAUUAAGCAUGAGAUACCAUACUAACAUAUCUUAUUGAAAUUGGCAUCGCUUUUUGUUGCCAAUAGUAUCAAAUUCAAAUGGAAAUUGAUUAGUUUCAGUGCACAAGAGGGAACCUUAGGAUAGCACAAAAUCUUUGAAGUAAUAGCAUUAUCAUAUAGCUACUUCAAUGUUGAACCUUUCCCUGUCUUUAUCUAGAAGAACCCACUAUUCGUCAGUUUUCAAGAACCAAAUUUCAGACUCAUGUAGAUUUUCUUCAAGGCAGAAUACUUUCCUUAGGGGACCGUUUCAUAGCAGACACCUUUUCUCCUUGAAGCUGAACCGUACUCGAAGGAAAUUUGCGGGACUUGUGGUUUCACCAAGCUGUGUACUUCCAUUAACUGAAGAAAAUGUGGAGAAGGUUUUGGAUGAGGUGCGACCUGGCUUGAUGGCUGAUGGAGGCAAUGUAGUUUUACAUGAGAUAGAUGGUCUUGUUGUAGUGCUGAAGCUACAAGGGGCAUGUGGAUCAUGUCCAAGUUCUACAAUGACACUAAAGAUGGGAAUUGAAACUCGGCUGCGGGAUAAAAUUCCAGAAAUCAUGGCUGUGGAACAGAUCCUGGACACUGAAACAGGACUGGAGCUAAAUGAGGAAAACAUUGAAAAGGUUCUUGCUGAGAUUAGACCGUACCUCGCUGGGACAGGAGGUGGAGUGCUUGAACUUGUUCAAAUCAAUGAUUAUGUUGUCAAGGUUAUGCUUAGCGGGCCUGCAGCUGCGGUUAUGACUGUUCGUGUCGCUCUGACACAAAAGUUGAAAGACAAGAUACCUGCCAUUGCAGCUGUACAGCUGAUCGAUUAACUGAGGAAUGGUGAGAACAAUAAUUUUAUUAAGGGAAAAAUAGAAAGUUAGAAUCUUCUGGUAGAGUAUUCAUAUUCUUCAGUAAAGAGUUUGAUUUUGGUUGUAAGAUCAAUUUCUAACCUGGGAAAUUCUUCGUUUCCUUACAGGAUAUAGUAUCUGUUAUUAUGCCUCAGUUGAUGGCAAUGAAAUAAUUUCAUAGUUGUUUUCAACUUUUCUGGGGAUGAUAAUUGAUGGAAUUUUAUCAAA